CCCGCAUUUGGGAAAAUGCGGAGGUUCCAGCCUCCGCAUCAUGCAACACCAACAACAAUUCUCGCUCCGUUUCCGAGCGUGAUGACGUGAAUCUGAUUCUGCGCCCGCGUCGCACCGACGGACGGUGAGUCUCCGUCCUCCCUGUGGCACCGACGGACCGUCAAUCGCCGUCCCAACCUCGGUCUUUGAUUCUCCGCCGCCGCCGCCAUCCACGGCAUACAAAAGCGGCGGGGAGGGCGAGAUAUGUGAGUAUUGUCUGGUUCAUUCGAUACUUACAUCGUCAAUUAAAUUAGACUUACGGAGUCCCUCCUCUACCCAGUCAUCCAGUCACCCAACGAGUCAAUUUCUCGCUCAAUUGCUCCCUCAACCGACCAAUCAAUCCCAUCAUGCCCCUCCCCGCAGAAACCGACGUGCUCGUCAUCGGCGGCGGCAACGCGGGCUUCUGCGCAGCCAUCUCAGCCGCCCAGUCCGGCGCCAAGCGAGUGACCAUCAUCGACAAAUGCCCGGAAGAAUGGGCGGGCGGCAACUCGUACUUCACGGCGGGCGCGAUGCGCACAGUGCACGGCGGGGUAUCCGACCUGCUGCCGAUCGUGAACAACGUGGACGCAGCCACGGCGCAGAAGAUCGACAUGAAGCCGUACACGGUGGAAGACUUCACGGGGGACAUGAACCGGGUGACGGGGCGACGGACAAACCGCGAGCUGUGCCGCACGCUGGUCGGGGAAUCCAACUCGGCCAUCAAAUGGCUCGCCAGCAACGGGGUGCGGUUCCAGCUGUCGUUCAACCGGCAGGCCUACGAGGUCAACGGCCGCCUCAAGUUCUGGGGCGGCCUGGCCCUGAAGACCCAGGACGGGGGCAAGGGGCUCAUCCAGGACCAUCUGCAGGCGGCGCGGAAGCUGGGCAUCCAGAUCGUCUUCUCGACCGCCGCGCUGCGGCUGGUCACUGAUCCGAUCACGGGGGCCGUGGUGUCUGUUGUUGUCUCGCACCAUGGCAAGGAGGAGACCGUCCGCGCCGGCGCGGUGAUUCUGGCGGCGGGCGGGUUUGAGGCGAAUCCGCGCAUGCGCGCGCAGUUCCUGGGCCCGCACUGGGACGUGGCGCUUGUGCGCGGCACGCCGUACAACUCGGGGGAUGCGUUCGAGAUGGCGAUCCGGGAUGUGUCGGCCAAGCAGGCGGGGAACUGGUCCGGAUGUCACUGCGUGGCGUGGGAUGCCAACGCGCCGGCCGACACGGGAGACCGCGAGAUCUCGAACGAGUUCACCAAGUCGGGCUAUCCGCUGGGGAUCAUGAUCAACCGACAGGGGAACCGGUUCGUGGACGAGGGGUCAGAUCUGCGCAACUACACGUACGCGAUGAUCGGACGCCAGAUUCUCAAUCAGCCUGGUCACAUGGCGUUCCAGAUCUGGGACUCCAAGACUAUCCCCUGGCUGCGCGCUGAGGAGUAUCGCCCUGAGGUGGUGCAGCAUAUCAGCGCGAAUUCGAUCCGCGAGUUGGCGGAGAAGUGCACCGAGCAUGAUCUUGAGGAUGCGAAGCGGUUCGAGCAGUCGGUGCUCGAGUAUAACCGCGCCGUGUAUGCUAGGCAGCACAAGAAUCCCGGGGGGAAGUGGGAUCCGGCGGUUAAGGAUGGGCUCACGACGCAAUCCGAGGGAUCGGAGCUGGCGGUGCCCAAGUCCAAUUGGGCCCUGCCUAUCGAUCAGGGCCCGUUCUUGGCUGUCAAGGUCACCGCGGGCAUCACCUUCACGUUUGGAGGGUUGGCUGUGAGGCCCGAGACAGCGGCGGUGAUCUCGUCGGCAGACCGCGAGGUGCCCGGAUUGUAUUGUGUGGGCGAGAUGCUGGGAGGAUUGUUCUAUGAUAACUAUCCCGGCGGCAGUGGCCUGACCUCCGGGGCGGUCUUUGGACGUCGUGCUGGACGAGCGGCGGCGGCCAGGGUUUUGUCGAACCGGCAGGCACGGUUGUGAUGAUGUUUCUAUGGGGCGAAUCAACUUUGGGUGAAGAUUGUAUAUAGGAUAUAUCUGCAUCGAGUGUAUUGCACA